GUUAUUUUCUGUCACACUCCACGAGGACAUUCAAACACACACAUCAAGAGCGGAUGUGAGUUUCAUCAUUUAGAGAAGUGUGUAGGAGGUGACGGGAGGAUCAUCUUUUUCAGAGGAAACUAUCACAGAGUCUAAUAAGAGCCAUGUGGAUCACCCUUGCCUUGCUGCUUGCUCUCACCAGUGGAGUUCUGUCUCUGGACAAACUCAACAUGUGCAUGGAUGCUAAACAUCAUAAAGUGUCCCCUGGACCUGAAGGGCAGCUUUAUCUUCAGUGUUCUCCAUGGAAAGACAAUGCAUGUUGUACGGCCAACACCACAGAAGAAGCCCAUGAAGACAACUCCUACCUCUACAACUUCAACUGGAAUCACUGUGGUGCCAUGAGUGAGAAGUGCAAGAAGCAUUUCAUCCAGGACACUUGCUUCUAUGAGUGCUCACCACACUUGGGCCCCUGGAUACAAGAGGCGGAAGAGUCCUGGCGUAAGGAGCGUAUCUUGGAUGUGCCUCUGUGUAAGGAGGAUUGCCAUGGAUGGUGGGAAGACUGCAAAGAUGAAAUGACCUGCAAGAAUAAUUGGCACAAAGGAUGGAACUGGACCUCAGGUAUAAACAAAUGCCCUGGAGGCAGCAAGUGCAGAAGGUGGACCGACGUUUUCCCCACACCCAAAGAUAUGUGUGAACAAAUCUGGUCCAACUCUUACCUCUAUACUACCCACACCAAAUCUUCAGGCCUCUGCAUGCAGCUCUGGUUCAAUGGGACAAACCCUAACACAGAGGUGGCAAAGUACUACCUGAACAGCGCACAACAACACCAAAGCUUUGCUUUGAUAAUAGUGCUCUCUCUGGCUUUCACAGCUCUCUCUAUGAUGCUGUAGUAUUAAAUCUCUGAUGUACCCAGCAGUGAGGAGGGACUAAUUAGAUAUAUUUGAACUGCUAUUCUCUCUUUUUUCCCCUUGCUGUGUUUAAAGUUAAUGAGGUUUGGAAAAUAUUUUCUCUAUUCAAGUUUUUCUUUUUAUCAACUUCUGAAAUAAGAUUGUAGGUUCAAAAUAACAGGAAAAAGUAACUCCAAAGCUCUUCCUUAUUCACUUUUCUCAGAAAUA